AGGGCGAGAUAUGAUACGUGAUGCAAGCCCUGUCAACCGUGUGUAUAUGGCUAGUGUUAAAUCUACAGGAGGCAGUAACCUGGUACAGCUCGCGCGGCGCUAAAUAUCUCAUCAUUGACUCUCGCCUCUCACUCUCACCAUCAUACAUACACUUGGAGCAAUAUUGAGAAUCAGAAUGCCAGAAAAUUACGACAUCGUGAUCGUCGGUGCCGGUCCCGUCGGACUUAUGCUCUCAGCCUGCCUAUCCCGGCUAGGAAGCUACAAGAUCAAACAUAUCGACAACCGUGCCGAGCCCACGUCAAUAGGCCGCGCAGAUGGCAUUCAAGCGCGUACAUUGGAUGUGCUACAAAGUAUGGAACUGAAGCGGCCCAUCUGGGCCUUCAAUCCAGGCCUCAUAUACGAGGUGGCCUUCUGGGGCGCAACACCGGAUGGAAAGGGCAUUCAGCGCACAGGUACCUCUAAGAGUUAUCCUGAUCACGUCGACACAAGGUACCCGUUCACAACUAUCCUACAUCAGGGUCGCAUUGAGGGAAUCUUUCUGGAUGAUCUUCGUUCGCGUGGGGUUGAGGUACAGCGGCCAUGGACGAUUAAGGCUUAUCAGUAUCAUGGACAGGACUCUGCGUACCCUGUUGACGUGGAUCUCGUGAGAUUGGAUAGCUUUGAGAUGGAGAAAGUCAGGACUAAAUAUCUGUUCGGCGCUGAUGGGGCUCGGAGUGCAGUGCGGGAGCUUUUGAAGAUCCCCAUGAUCUAUAAGGAUCCGACGGUGCACGUGUGGAGUGUUAUAGAUGGUGUUGUCAAGACAGACUUUCCGGAUAUGCAGAUCAAGUGCACAAUUCGCUCUCCUCGCGGCUCCUCUAUGGUCAUUCCCCAAGGGAACAACCGCGUGAGGGUCUACGUACAGAUCACGCCCCAAGAAGGUAAAAGCAAUUCGGCGUCUGCAUCACAGGCAAGCAUUCAGAGCAUGGCAAACGAGAUCCUGAGCCCUUACCACGUGGAAUGGGAAAUAGUCGACUGGCACUCGUCGUACCACAUCGGACAGGGCAUCUCGCAACGAUACUCCUAUGAAAACCGUAUCUUCAUUGGAGGAGACGCCUGCCACACCCAUAGCCCAAAAGCCGGCCAAGGCAUGAACUACGGCCUGUUAGACGCACACAACCUCGCCUGGAAACUGCACCUUGUAGAGUCAGGGCUCAUGAAGCCCGAGUUACUGAGCACAUACGAGCAAGAACGACGACAAGCCGCAGAGCGAUUGAUCGAGUUCGAUGCCACUUACGCGGGUCUCUUUAGCUCCCAUGACCCCUCCAAUCAGGCAAAUGACGAAUUCGUGCGCAUCUUCAAACAAAACUCACUUUUGCUUAGCGGAUAUGGUGUUGAGUACCCCACCAACGCACUUACAGUAACCAGCUCUAACGAUUUAUUCUUGUCUUCGCUGCACGGCCUCCGACCUGGUCGCAACUUGCCCCCGGCAAACGUCACAAGGGUCAUUGAUGCUUGCGAGGUGCCUCUAGAGCGUGAUAUCCCCUUCAACGGCAGUUUCAGGGUGUAUAUUUUUGCAGGAGACCAGCAGCCAACAGGAAAGGCUCUUAUGGACCUGGCUGGGCAACUCACGCGGGGAGACUCGGCUCUUUCUCGGUUCCUGGGUUGCCAGCCCAAUUUGUCCUAUGACAAAAGACAUAACCCUCACUCAGAACUAUUUACGUUCUCAAUUGUGUUUAAUUCCAAGCGGGCCGGGAUUGAACUUGCCAGCCUGCCAGAACUAUUUGUGCCUUAUCGGUACCAUGUGUACUCUGAUGAAUCUCGCAGCAGGAAAUCCCAUACUGAGGGGCAUGGAAUGGCGCACGCAAAGAUGGGAUUUGAUUCGCGAGAAGGGGGCGCGAUUGUCGUCCGUCCGGAUGGGUAUGUUGGGUGUAUUGUAAAGUUGGUGGAGGGCAAAAAGGUCGCAGAGGCGCUCGAUCAAUAUUUCUCUGGAUUUGUGUCAAGAAUUCCCAUCAUAGAGCCGAUUCAGAGUAUGUUGUAGACAGCGACUAGAUUUGGUUAGACUUAGUUUAUCAUGUCCUAAAUGUACAGUCUUUUGAAAUGGAAAUUUCGAAUUGCUGUUAUCUUGGCUACUAUGACUCGAGUUCCUUGACUGAGACCUUCAGGAACUAACCACAGCCACAAAAUAGAGUGUAUGUUUCGUUUUGUUUAUAUAUUACAAUUAUUUACAUUUUUAAGCUCCACAAUACUGGCGUCC